AUGGCUAAGGCGCCGACAGAAAGGAGCCGAAUUGACGUGAUCGUGCGCAAAAGGCCCCUCAGCGAUUUAGAAAAGGCGCGUGGAGACACCGAUGUCGUCCUCUGUAACAAUACAACGGCGAUCAUCGAGGAGCUCAAGCUGCGCAUCGACGGAUCGACAUACAUUGACCGGUAUGAGUUUCGGGUGGAUCGAUUUUACGACGAACAUGCCGACAAUCAGCUUAUUUACGAGGAAUAUGUGAAGCCGCUCGUAGAGUUCGCCUUCAAGGAGCAGAAAACAUGCUCCUGUUUUACCUACGGGCAAACCGGUAGCGGGAAAACCUUCACAAUGAUAGGAUCGCGCAAAUUGAAGAACCCAAAUAUGCCGUAUAUGCGUAAGUACCUUUCUGGCAUUUACGAAUACGCCGCCAAUGACAUUUAUCGCAUGCUGUGUGAGCCUGAAUACGACGGGAGACUGGAAGUCAUGAUCAGCUUCUACGAAAUAUACUGUGGCAAACUAUACGACCUGCUCCAGGACAGGUAUGUGAUUAUAUGGCGAAUAGACAUGAAAAUGGUGGAAGCGUUGGAUAACGGCAAACGCGAAGUAAUCAUCAAGGAUCUGACUCUACGCCGAGUAACUUGCAAGGAAGACCUAAUUGGCCAUAUGCUUGGCGGGCUGACAUUGAGGAAAAUCGGACAGAACUCGCAAAAUGACCAGUCUUCGAGAUCCCAUGCACUCUUACGAAUCGAGCUGCGGGAAAUUGAAACUAUGAAGAAUUGCGGACGGAUCGCUUUUAUAGAUCUGGCUGGGAGCGAGAGGGGAGCUGACUGCAUCAACCAGCCGAAGCAAACUCAGAUGGAUGGUGCUGGUAUAAACAGGUCACUUUUGGCUCUAAAGGAGUGUAUUAGGGCAAUGGAUCUAGAUAAGACGCACAUACCUUUCAGAGACAGUGAACUCACAAAGGUUCUCAGGGAUAUCUUUGUCGGUGGAAGCAGGAAUCUCAUGAUCGCAAAUAUAUGUCCAAGCAAUGUGAGCUGUGAGCAGACGUUAAAUACUCUUAGAUAUGCUUCUCGUGUGAAAAACUUCAGGCAACCGCAAACCACGGGGUCAAAUGGCGCCGCGGAAACAGAACAUGAAUCCAGCAACGUAUACAGGAAGCACCUAAGCAUACCAACGUAUGAGAGUAGCAGGUUAAGGUCUGACGCAAGCGAGUAUGCUAGUGGGCCGUCACUCGCUGUUUCACCACGUCUGAAAAACAUGGGACUCAUCGGCUCGAAAUUGAUGAGCACAUCGCAAAAACUGAACAAAUCCCGUACAUUGGCUCCACCUAUGAGCAGUAGAAGCGCUGUUUCUAGGAAGAUUAGUGACAUCACUUCACCGAGAGAAACAAUCAGAUCGGCGCGUGAGGCUAACGCACAACCUUACAGCCGUAGCAGAGGUUCAAACCUGCCAGACCCGUUCAGUAGUGUUUUGCAGUCCAUGAAAUCGCAGCAACGCACCACGCCUUCGGUGGAAACCAUGCUGGAAGAUAUCACAUUGGAUCCCUUGAACCAGAAUCUAUACGAAAACAUAUGCGAUUCUUUGGAAUUAAAUGCCUCCAACUCUACUUCAAGCGUCGAUGCGGACACUAAGAUGAAAAUCGAAAAAUCAAUCGACGCUCUGCAAAAGGCUGAGCGGAUAUAUAAUCAUAUUGCUCUGCAAAUGAUGACUGUAAACGGCGAUCCAGAAAUUCCAAACUACGCGGAAUUCAUCAAAAGCAAAAUCAAGAUGCAAGUGAAGCCGCUCCUGUUUCUUAAGCAAGCCGUAGAGGAGCACAAUAACUUAAUGAGAGUGAACAGCAGUAUACCUGGCAUGGAUCCGUAA